CGUACCCAGCAUCAGAAUAAUCAUCAAGCCUUACAACAUGCUGUGUUAAUUAUCCCCAUCUAAAAUGGACGAUCUUCCUCCUCCCUCCAAAUUCACAAAAACCAAAAUUGAAUUCCAGACUUCUUUCUUAGAUGAGUGAGAUUUUUAAUUAAAGUGUUACGAAAUUACAACCCAGAUUUUUUUUUCUCAGCAAAAAUGGGAGUUACUUCAGUGAUCAACAAUGGUGUCCAAACAAUUCCUCUUAAUUUCAAUAAGGGUUUCUCUACUAGAAUUUCAUCCUCCAUUUCUUUGUCUUCUUCUCACUUUUUGCAUCCUAAAUCUAUUCUUCUUCGCUCAGUGAAUUCCCAGCAAAAGCAUAGUUUAUCAGUUGUGUAUGCCAAGAGUACUAAGGAGGAAGAUACUACUUCCACUACCUCAGAACAGGAUGGAGAUAGUACUCAGUCAUAUCCCAGUAGUAAUGAUAGGAAGUCUCAUCUGUCAGCUUCUGCAGGCAGUGCAAUAAAAGAAAAGGAUGAUAAAGGAAGCUAUAUGUCAUCUGUUCGAAAUGUUGCCUUGUGUGUAAGCACAGCAGUGGCAUUUGGUAUCGGUGUGGGAUUCACAGAAGGAGUUGGCAAAGCUACAGAAUUUUCUGCUGGGUACCUGUUGGAGCAAAGUCUUUCUGUGGACAAUCUAUUUGUCUUUGUUUUAGUUUUCAAGUACUUCAAAGUCCCAAUUAUGUACCAGAACCGUGUUCUUUCUUAUGGUAUCGCUGGGGCCAUUGUAUUCCGAUUUACACUGAUACUUCUUGGGACAGCCACGCUUCAGAGGUUUGAAGUCGUGAACCUUCUACUAGCAGCAAUACUCCUGUAUUCCUCAUUUAAGUUAUUUACCGCUGAAGAAGAAGAUGAAGACUUGUCGGACAAUUUUAUUGUGAAGACUUGCCAGAAAGUAAUUCCUGUCACAGCUAGGUAUGAUGGCAAUCGGUUUUUCACAAUCGACAAUGGUGUCUGGAAGGCCACACCUUUACUCCUCACUGUAGCAGUUAUUGAAUUGAGUGAUAUUGCAUUUGCUGUCGACUCAAUACCGGCUGUGUUUGGUGUAACACGAGAUCCUUUCAUAGUAUUUUCAUCCAAUCUCUUUGCUAUCUUAGGUUUAAGAUCGCUAUAUACUCUUAUUUCUGAAAGCAUGGCCAAUUUGGAGUACCUGCAGCCCUCCAUAGCUGUUGUACUAGGCUUCAUUGGGCUGAAGAUGAUCCUUGAUUACUUUGGGUUCCAUGUCGGAACAGAAGUAUCUCUUGGUUUUUUGGCUACAAGCCUUUCCACCGGUGUGCUUCUGAGUUUGAUUAAAAAGCCUGAGUAACUGAAGUGAUAAGGGAGUAUGGCUCCAUUGAAGCACUGUCCUCGUCAGAACUUUUGGCUGGUCAUUCGUCCACUCUUCUAGUAGAGGGACAUAUCAGGCAUUUUGUAGGUGAAGCUGCAGUUCAUGAAAAUUCUUGGUGUAAUCUUGUAUAGUUGUAUGUAUGCAGGGAAAGCGGUGAUGGUAUAGCGAGUGCUGCUUCACUCUCCCAUCACUUCCCCCCCCCCCCCCCUCCCUUUUUCCGUAUUCUUGCCCCCAAUCCAUGUUUCAGGGGGGUGAGCUGUAAUUGUAUCUUCUCUAUCUCAGACUUGGUUUAGCCUUGGCACAAUGAGCAUUAACUGACUAACAUCAGUAUAAUUCUGCUCUUUCAAACUUAUCUAGUUUAUAGUGAGCAGUGACAUCAUUUUUUCUGUAUAUGGUUUUGCCUUCCGAUGAUCAUAAACUGGUUUAGGCUUACCUUGAAUUCAUGAGAUAUCUUUUGCCAUUUUUGUAUUUAAAUCCAAUAAUCUCUAAUUAAAAAAUUUUCUUCAUGUA